AAGAAAAAAGAAAAAAUUGAGUUAUCGUUGCAGCCAAACAGAGGAUUAGACGGACAUAGCUGAGCCCGAGCAUUUCAAUUCAGGUAAAUUCGAUACAACCCUACAAACAGCAGAGUGUUGCAGGAGAGAGAGAGAGAGAGAGCAGAGACGAGAAGAAAAUGGGGGGAGGAAUGGAAGCAAACAAGAACAAGUUCAUAGAAGAGUGGGGAUCCGUCAGAGAAAAUCUCGAGCACAACUUCCGCUGGACUCGCCGCAACUUCGCCCUCGUUGGCAUCUUCGGCAUCGCCAUCCCUAUCUUGGUUUACAAGGGCAUUGUCAGAGACUUCCACAUGCAAGAUGAGGAUGCAGGCAGACCAUACAGGAAGUUUAUAUGAGUAAUCUGGGAAUGUUUGAUAAUAACUGUGGGACUAGUCAUAGAACGUUUACGAGGCCACAAGUAUCCCUCUCCUGGUAGAUGGAAAGUGUUUCAUUUUCGUUGUUGAUCUAUGGAUCAUAAUGUCAUUCAAUUUGGUAAACUUGUGCCUUUUGUGAUAUUUUCUCCAGUUCAGUUUAUCUGAAUGAAUCCUUGGUUCCUCAUUUAUUUGUUACUUUUACCCUUCAUUUA